AUGACCUCAGAAAGCAACUUUUCGGCUGCUCUCACAACAUGGAAAGACAUCAAUCUUGCUGAGCUGCAGAAGACACUCGAUGCUCAAGGUAUUGAGAUUGUCGAGAACCAGAAGGAGAAUGUUGUCGGACGAAAGGCGCUUGCUGAACAGUUCAAAAAGAUUCCGGAUGAGGAGAAGCUAGGCGCAUGGAAAGGCCUGCUGAAAUCUUAUCAGACUGAAAUAGACAACCUUACGAAACGCUCGAAAGUAUCCGAGAAUGCGUUUCUCAGCUUGUACAAGAAACUGGCUGAAGCACCGGAUCCAUUUCCACUUCUUGACGCUGCGGUUGAACAAACAAUUAAGGCAUCACAAGCCUCGCAACUUGAGGCAGAAGUAGCAAAGCUCAAAGAAGAGAACGCGACGCUCAAUAGGAAAGUCAAUGACCUGUCCAGUAUUGAAGCGGCAAAGAAGAAGGCCGAAACGAAAGCGCAGCAACUAGAAGAUCGCAUGGAGGAUCUGAUUACCGAACGCGUAUCUCAAAAAGAGAACGAGUUGCAUGCAACUUAUGAUGAGAAGUUACGAAACUACGAAGAUAGAGAGAAAGACCUUGUUCGCCAGCUAUCUUUAGCGCAAACUCAGUUGCGUGACCUUCGCAUGUCCAAUGAGUCGAAUCAGGCCAAGUUACUCGAUCAGACGCAGCGUCAAGAUCAUGAGACUGUGGCUAAACUUGCAGAGCUUGAUAUGAUCGUCGCGGAGCUUGAACGCGCUAAUAAUCGUGUGGCAUCUGCAGAGCGAAGAAAUGAACUUCUCCGUGCAGAGAUCGAAUCCGUGCGAAGUGGCAGCGACACUGCCAGCAGGAUUGCCCCUCUUGAACAACAAAUAGCAGACCUUACGACCGAAUCUGAGCGUUUGUCGCGUGUUCUUGACAUGCAAAAAGCGACUCACGCUGAGACCGAGAACGAUCUGCGCAAGAAUAUCGACGAAAAGGAAAGGGAGUUGUCGCUUCGGAAUGCAGAAUUGGCAAAUCUUAAACAAAAACUCGAUCUUUACUCGGAUUAUGACGAGAUAAAGCGAGAAUUGGAUAUCAUGAAAUUCGUAGAGUUUGGUGGGAUGGAUGAAGACGAGCAUGUCACUGAGGACGGCUAUAUCGUUGACGGCAACUCACUCGGUCUUGCGCUUCCAAGUCCUAAUCCUGCGAAACUGACCGCUCAGCAACAGCAAAGCAACUCAUUAGAGACACUCCUCGCGACCAAGAAUAAGCGAAUCACGGAGGAGUUGACCAAAUUGAGAGUUGCACAUAGCGAUCUUGAGGCACGAAUGGCCGAACUAGCAGAAGAGUUACAAAUCACUAAAUCGGAACUUGAGGAGAAGCGUUCGUUGAAUGAGAAACUCGAGCUGGACCUUCUGCAACUCGAGACGCACAACCCUUCAGUAAAUGGUAUACAAGCGUCAUCUGGGACAGAAAAAUCAAAGGAAAGCCUUGGUAUCGCUGACCUAGAUCUUGGAGGAACAAAGUCAUCACAGAAUACGUCUGCGAGGUCCACCCCAAUACCCUUUGCAUCUUCUGCCGAUACGUCGAUUUUACCGAUUGUUACGAGUCAACGUGAUCGUUUCCGUCAACGAAAUUCCGAACUAGAAGAGGAACUUCGCAAGCAAUUCCAGACAUUAUCGGAAUUACGUUCGGAAGUCAAGGCUCUCCAGACGGACAACCUAAAAUUAUAUGAGAAAGUACGAUACAUGCAGAGUUAUCGGGAAGAUGCGCAGGCCCAAUUAAACCCUCUGCCUGCUGCACGUCAAGACGAUUUGAGCAAGUAUCAUGCUCGUUAUGAGGAGGCCAUGAAUCCGUUCGAGGCAUUCAGAGGACGGGAAGCUGCUCGGGCGUUCCAAGCGCUAAAUCCUUUAGAAAAGGCAGUAUUGACUUUGACACGAGCUAUUCUCGGGAAUCGGAGAGCUCGCAAUUUCUUUAUUCUCUAUGCUCUCGCGCUGCAUGUGCUCGUUAUGUUCACUACGUACGAAUGCAUAACAUCAUCGGACUCUGCUGUGCGGACUCAGCCAAAUCCCAUACAUAAUUAG